CUGCAGCAGAACAAGAUCAGAUAGCGGAUAUUCUAAGAAAGUGGGAGACACUUGGAUCUUUGAUGUAUUAGGCUGCUUUUUUAACGGUAUAUUUAAAAAAAUAGCAGAAAGGAUCCGGAGAUUUCUGUAUACUUGAUGUUCAAAAUAGGAUCGAAGAUGAUUUUUAUCGGUGGCUACGUACUUUUUUCCACAACAAGAAUCGAGUGGUUCUAUCCGUGACCGCGCAGAGGACAAGUGGCAACACCUGCCGAGGCAUGAGGCAGCUUUGAGAACACAGAAGUUUGGAUUAAGUAUAAAAGACUUGUGCUCUCAGCCAGUGGUCCUCACCUGCCUGCCUGCCUUUGCCGGCUCCUGAGCUGUGUAUGAGCAAGGAAGAAGCCACGGCUGCCCCCACUGAGGCAUGAGUGUGGGAAGAGCCCACCGCCACGACCGCUUCCUGCCCUGCGAAGAAGAAGAAGGCAUGAGACUGAGCACCAUGCCAGCCAUGGGCAGCUUUGGCAACGGAAAGAUCCACACCAGACGCAAAAACCUCAACCGCUUUGUCAGCAAGAAUGGGCAAUGCAACAUCCACUUUUCUAACAUGGACGAGAAGUCCCAGCGCUACAUCUCUGACAUCUUCACCACGUGCGUGGACAUCCGCUGGAGAUACAUGUUCCUCCUCUUCAGCCUGGUGUUUGUGGCGUCCUGGCUUCUGUUUGGAUCAGCGUUCUGGAUCAUCGGCCACCUACAUGGUGACAUGGAGUAUCACUCAGAAGAAGAAGGUUUCGUUCCAUGCGUCACACAAGUCAAUAGCUUUGUCGCAGCGUUUCUCUUCUCUAUCGAAACCCAGACUACGAUCGGAUAUGGCGCUCGCUGCGUGACAGAGAAGUGUCCAGCGGCUGUCUUCAUGGUGGUCUUCCAGUCCAUCAUGGGCUGCAUCAUUGAUGCCUUCAUGAUCGGUGCCAUCAUGGCGAAGAUGGCAAGGCCCAAAAAACGAGCAGAGACUCUGUUGUUUAGCCGUAACGCGGUGAUCGCCAUGCGUGACGGGAAGCUGUGCUUUAUGUUCAGGGUUGCCAAUUUAAGGAAGAGCCAUAUUGUGGAGGCACAUGUCAGAGCUCAGCUUGUCAAGCCUCGAUACACAGAAGAAGGGGAGUACAUCCCCCUGGAUCAGAUCGACAUGAACGUGGGCUACGAUAAAGGCAUAGACAGGCUGUUCCUGGUCGCCCCCCUCACUGUUAUACAUGAGAUCGACGAGGAGAGUCCUCUGUUUGGCAUCAGCAAGCAGGACCUGGAGACAUCAGACUUUGAGAUCAUCAUCAUCCUGGAGGGCUUGGUUGAGGCCACGGCCAUGACGACGCAGGCCCGCAGCUCGUACGUACCAUCGGAGAUCCUGUGGGGUCACCGCUUCGAGUCCCUCGUGUUCGAGGAGAAGAACCAGUACCGGAUAGAUUACGGAUUUUUUCAUAAAACAUUCGAAGUACCGUCAACCCCGAGGUGCAGUGCCAAAGACAUGGAAGAGAGGAAGCUCCCUCCCUUGGGACCAAAUUCGUUCUGCUACGAGAACGAGUUGGCCUUCAUCGGCAAAGACGAGGAGGAGGACGGGGAUGGGAAGCACGAAGGAGACGGGCGAUGUUCGACGGGAACAAUGAACAAGCCGUCAACUUGUGACCAACAAAUGUCCAGCAAAGAAUCGGACAUUUGACCCGUCAGUUCCAGUGCGUCAAGACCAGCCAAUGAUUGUCUCUGCACUGACAUGAGGACAGUUGAAACUCAACGCUGAAGCGAGCGUCUUUGAGCCUUAUCGAAAAUGGCCGACUGUUUCAUGAACCUGCAUGACACAGUUUCAUACAUUAGCUCCAAAUCACAACUACAAAGAAGUUAUUUGGUGAAACUCUAAGUAAUAUAGAUAGACAAACCUGUAUAUUAGUCUUACAUACUCUUAGGUUGUGUUGCUGAAUUAAAUUUUUCUACUAAAUGUGUGAGGUUUCUCAACUAGAUGGCUGUUAAAAACAUAAAUGUAUUGUUAAAACUGGACAAGAUUCCAUCAGUAUUUAAUGUAAAUAAAUCAAAGCAAUACCUCUUGUAUACAAACAAAUGGAUAUGGUUUUGGACCUGAAGGAUUUGGGAAGUAGAAAAAAAAAUUAUCACAAUCUGUAAUCUACAGUAUGUUGCAGUGUAACACUAUUGAAUUAAUCUGCCCGCGUCCGUCCAACUCUUUCUGGGUCAUAGUAAGCAGGUGAAAUAAACCUCCCUGCAGUGAUGUUCCUCUUCUGGAAAAAAAAUAUUUUCUUCCUCUCUGCUAUUUCAGCACAUCUGAACUCAUUAGUAUUUUUAUCGCUUGCUGACUUGUGCUCAAAAUAUCGAAAGAGACUCGUCCCAGAAAACCAAAGGUGACUUCAAUGCUACGAGGCAAAACAACACUGGACCAGUUCGACUCUGCCGUGUCCCAGUGUCACUCGAUCCGAGCACUUGAAGAUAGUAACAAUGCAGUAUUUAUUUACAGGUUUCUUAAGCAAGCGUGCUAUUUGCUUGACGGACAUGUACGUGUAUGAACUCCGGCCUCUUCCUGUCUUCCAUGAAAUGCCGUUAAAGCCAUCUGGACUGUUUCCCCCACCUGUCUCCUGUCUCGUCACAAUAAAAUCUG